CGCCGAGCUCGAGGACCGCUGGAGCAAAGAGGACAUGAAGUACUUUGACAGCACCAAGAGGUACCCCUUCCUCCUCGACGACAGCAACAACGCCCUCAUCCACCCUGACUCACAAUUCACCCGCAAGAUCGCAAACACAUCCUCCCUCAGCCAGCUAGAGCCCUCUGUGCCAUCCUCUGUGCUGACAUCGCUAUCUAAUGCCGAGAUGCGCACCACCAAAGUCACCAAAGGCGGCGAGAGAUGGUAUGUGAGCUAUCUCCGACUGGAGAUGACCGUGGCCAGCAGUGUGGUGGGGACGGCCAGCAGGUGGGCGUGCUGCUGUACGUAUCAGAUCUAUCUGGCAUGAGAGUUGAGGCUAUCUAUAUGCUGUCUGUAUGCGACGCAGGAUCGACGUGAGCACCAACACGGGCAAGAGGCGGAGCUACACGCCGUAUAGGAUCGGGUGGAUGGUGAAGGAGCAGCUGAUGAGCCAGGAGGCCGACGACCUCUCUGACAGCCUGUUGGCUCUCCUGCGGCGGAUGCUGACGAUGGCCAUGAUUGUGUGCAUUGUGGUGGCGCUGCUGAUCGGCGUCAUCGCCACACUCGCCGCCCUCCUCUUCGUCGCCCCGAUUGUUCGGCUGGGCGACUACAUGCACACGGCAGAGGACAAUAACUACACGCAAGACCUCGCCCCAUACCAACAAAACAGCCUUUUCAUGGUCGGUCAAUGAGUCGAUUCCCCGAUGGAAUGAGCUCCCCUCCCGAUGAUUCCCUCUCUGCGUGUGUAUGAUGUCUCUCAGGUGCAUGAAUUUGCCCGCCUGUUGUCGACCGUCGAGGAUCUGAUAGUGGCGCUGCGGUUCGGCAACCAGCAGUGGUCCAAGGGGUCUGCGAGCAAGGAUUUGGCCAACUACCAGAGGGCUAUGAGGAUCGUGCAGCGGACCGGCAACAUGAGGGGCCAGGGGGUGUGCCACGACAACCUGGCCCUGACACUGAUACGGACGCAGGACCACAAAGACCCCCAGAGCGGCAAGACGGCCCUCGAGCUCAUGAAUGAGGCGCUGCAGUUCGCGUACCAGCACAUCAUUGUAAGUAACCACAGACACAGAGGUCGCCAGGCAUCUAUCUGCGUGUGGGGGGGUUUUCGUUCAAUGAGCAGCACACCCAGCAGGAGGGUGACCACAGCAGCCACAUCGACGCGCUUGACAGUCAGGGCAAGCGGCUGCUGGGCAAAGCCAGGAUACUGAUGUCCACGGGCAAACAAGACAGCAUCAAGGAGGCCAUGCAAUGCGCCGAGCAGGCCAUCGACAAAUUCGUGGAGACGGGACAUAUCCACCACGUCGUAAGCCACGCAGCCCCACCAACCAGCGGACAAGAGAGAGGUUUUCAUGACAGGGUGUACGUGUUUGAUCAGUCAGAUGCGUUAGACCUCUUUCGGUCGGACAUUGAGAGUCUGGCUGCGGUCACUGUAAGCGGCGAUUGGCAUCCGCUGCGUUCGCUGCAGCCGCUGCUGCAGCGAGUCAUGCUCCUAAUCGACACACACCUACAAGUAGGAGCAAGACUGAAGAGAGACACACAUGAAUGGUGUUUUCCUUUGCUUUCUGUGCGUGUGUGCAGAAAGCCGCCCCCGGGUGUGUGUCUCCGACAAAUGUGUCGGGCCUGUGGGAGCUGGUCGCUGACGCCGCCCUCACGUACCGUACUGCACGCACACAGCCAGCCACGCCGACGUGCAACAAAUGUGUGUGUUGACGUGGGUGCAGGCUGUGUGCGGUGGAGUGGUUUCUGUAUCUGAAUGGCAUGGCGGCUGAGGAGGGACAGACACCGGAAUGCCUCAAAUACGUAUGCUGGUCAGUCCGUCGACACAGAUAAAGGGAGGGGAAGGAGAGAGACAUCCCUGCCCAUCUCCCUCUCUCUCUCUCCCUCUCUCUCUGUGUGUCAGGAUUGUUGCCCGCUGUCCUGUGCUGAAGCUGACGACUUUGCUAGAGACCUCUGCUGCUCUCAAGGCACUAUACCAACCACUCUGUAUGCAAUGGGCGGAAGCAGCCCAGCCCAUUUGCAGUCACAUGGAUACGGACAUGCCUUUCUGUCACCUGACCUGCCAGGCCCCACUGACGGUUCGUGGCACCGGACAAGUGAGGACAUCGACACAUUCGUCGACUCGGGCAUCGCACUGGUCAAACAAAGGUAAGCAGGGGGGUACGUAGCUCCCUCCCUCCCUCCCUCUUCCUCUCCCUCUCCUCUCUGCGCAGACAGACACAUGCUUACAUACACACACAGACAUUCAUGGAUAUAUGUCGCAAUUGGUAUGCCGUGUGCAGGGGUGGGGCUUUCGUCGAGCAAGCAGGCGUCAGGGAGCAGGCGAGGAAAGACCUCUCCACCUGGAAGUAUGGGCCGUACACACUGCAGAUCACCAAGCACCGGCCGCCACCCAGCAUCGACACCAGCAGCGGGGGGGAUCUCAGGGGCGCCCUCAGUCGCCUCUCGGCUGCCGAUCGCACGAGGUGCAUCGAGUGGGUUUGGGGAUUCUACCGCGAGAGCGUCCGGGGGCCGGCAAAGGACAUCAUCUUUGUGCUGGACAAGAGCGGAAGUAUGGCUGGCGCACGGGUAAGUCAGCCGUGUGGGAGUACAGACGGAGAAGCCGUCUCGUGUGCUUGGGGUGUGUGUGUGUGUGAUAGGUGCGUGUGUGUCUGGAGUCCAUGUGCAAGAUCCUGAGGGACUUCCUACAGCCCUCAGAUCGAUUUGCUUUCUACUGGUUUAACACAAGGUGGGCAGAAGAGACACAGCAUGAAGGACGGCCCGGCCCCUGCAUGUCUCGGUCAACCAAUGUGCUAUAAUAACAUACCUCCACCCACCAGGGUGCAGCAGCUGAGGGCCCUCAGCUCCCGUGGGGAUUCCACUGCCUGUGCCGCCGAGUGUGAGCGCAUCACAAACGAAAACAGAUGUGGAGGCGGCACCGCUUUCUUCGACGCCAUCCUCCAGUCAGUCACACACACGAAGGGAAAGAGCCGCUAUGGAAUGAAUGCAUGUUGUUCAUGUGUGUCUUGGCCGUGUGUGUGGUGCAGGGGUUUGCAUGAGGCCAGCAGCAGUGAGGAGGCGGCGAGGCGUGAUCAGUGGGUGAUAGCUCUGACAGAUGGGGGCGACAACAGCAGCCGUAGCAGCAGUGUGGGCGAGGCGUGUAGCUUGUUGCGGACACACAAGGGGCUGCACCUUAUUAUCAUUACUGUCGGCAAGGAGUACAGCAAAGACAAAGUAAGAGCGGGAGGAGGGAGGACACACACCACACCACACACACAUAAGAAAGAGCCAGCUGGACGGUGUUGUCUGUCUGUGUGUCUCACGAGACAGAACGAGAUGGUGCUCAAGGCAGCGAGGGACAACGGCUCUCACGGGGUGCAUGUGAGUGCUGAUGACACAGGGCAGCUGCACGACGCCUUCAAGCGGGUGGAGCAGCUCAUCGAACAGGCCAACAUUGAGUAUCUGUGAUUCACUGAUGGGCUGUUGUUGCAUGCAUACCCGGAGGCACACAUGCAUUGAUUGCAUUUGUCAUCAUCAACGAGUCAG